AUGAACUCCUUCAAUAACCCAAUAAUACCAGGCUUCAACCCGGACCCAUCGAUUGUCCAAGUCGACGGACAAUUCUUCCUGAUCACUUCCAGCUUCGAGUACUUUCCUGGCAUCCCGAUCUAUCAUAGUCGAGACUUGAUUGAUUGGAAAUUGAUUGGUCAUGCACUGACAAGACCAAGUCAACUUCAAAUACAAACUCCAGAGCCUGGAGGAGGUGUGUGGGCGGCUACGAUAAGGUUCCACGAUGGGGUCUUCUAUAUCACAGCGGCCAGUUUUUCCAGAUAUCGUCCCCAGGUAGAUGACCGAGUCUGGCCUCGAGGAUUCUAUGUGAAGACUAGCAAUAUCUGGGACGAGAUCUCCUGGUCGGACCCAGUUUACUUUGAUCAAGUUGGAUUUGAUCAGGAUUUAUUUUGGGACGAAGAUGGAACUGUUUAUCUUUCAUCCACAUACCGAAAACUCCAACCAACACCGAGUGUCAAGCUGAAGGACUUCGCGGUCCACAUAUGCACUGUUGAUCUCACGACCGGCCGCUCUACAUCAGAGCCAAGGUUAAUUCGCGAAUCAUCUUCUGGAGUUGCUGAAGGCUCCCACAUAUUUAAACGAGGUCAAUACUACUACUUGUUCACUGCAGAGGGCGGCACCGAAGAAGGGCACUGUGAGUGGGUGUCACGCUCUCAUGGCCCAUUUGGUCCUUGGGAAUUGGGGCCGAACAACCCUCUUUGGCGAAAUGGACCGAGAGACGAAGUGCAAAACACUGGUCACGCGGACCUGGUUGAAGAUGAUUCUGGGAAUUGGUGGGCAGUGCUGCUGGGAGUUCGCCCUCAAGGACAGGAUGAAUCCGUGCUAGGCCGUGAAACAUUUCUCGCUCGAUUAAAAUGGGAGAAUGAAUGGCCUGUGAUCAAUGGAGGCGAGAAGAUCUCUCUAGUCCCACAAGGGCCUGGCUUGUAUAUGCACACUGUGCCGGUCACUUGGAGAGAUGAUUUUACUUCACCGAGCCUGAAGCUAGGGUGGUAUAGGAAAAAUACGCCACUCACAAUCGAUUUCUCACUGGCUGAGCGUCCUGGCUAUCUCCGACUUUAUGGUGGACCUUAUAAUCUCUCUGUGCCUGCUUGUCCAACACUCUUUUUGCGAAAGCAAAUCCACAAAUCUUGUAUGUGGGAGACAAAGCUCUCGUUUCAACCAACCUCUGAACACACCGAGGCAGGGAUAGUGCUCUGGUGGAACUAUUUCACACAUAGCACUCUUGGAAUACGAAAAAACGGCGAGCAGCGUCUCAUUAGAUUUCAGCCAUCAGAAGGCACGUCGGUGGAAAGAAUCAUAUCAUUGACAUCGGAAAUUGUGCUCGUGAUUGAUUGUGGCGACCACUAUUCAUUUGGAUAUCGCGAAGCUGAUAAUCCUCAAGCUGAGAUUAACUGGAUUGGCAAAGUGGAAAAUAGUAUCGCUACAAAAGCACCUCCUGUAGGCGCACCGUUCACAGGCAUGAUGCUUGGCCUCUAUGCAUAUGGCGAGCGCCAACAAUGCCUGACUCCUGCUGACUUUGCAUAUGUCGAGUUUCAAUAA